GGUGGCAUUGACUCGUCCCAACGUAAAGACAUGAUGAGCCAAUGAAACUGAAAGCAGGGGCGUGUCCUUCACUCUCCAAUCAAUGCUAAGUGUCUGAGAGAUUCCGUUGGAGCGUGGGGAGCACAGUCCGAGGUGGGAGAGUGAGAGAGAGCAAAACAAAGGGUGUGUGUUGUGUUCACUGAUCAACACUUGAACCUGUUGUGCUCGGGAAAGAAAUGAAAGUAAAUAUACACUAAAUACUAGUAGUAAUAGGGAGGAGUGUCAGAGGUUAGGGGCAAGUGAAGUUGAACGUGCACUAUUUUUGUAUUUGAAGCAGGGAUCUGGAUCCGCUCGAACAAGCACACAAUACAAGGGGACACAACACGCACGCUCUCUCGCGCUUGUUCAUCAUAAUACAAUACCAUAGUGUUUCAAAGGACAAAGAUAAAGAGGAAGUGGGGGCAUAGUGAGUGAGUGAGUGGGAGAGAGAGAAGAGAGAUAAGAAAAUCUUGGGUGGAUAGUUGUGAGUUGAGACUUGAGAGAGAUAAAAGGGUAAAAUGAGAAUUAGUUGAGUUCUCAACUUCACUACUCACUACUACAAGCCCAGAACCCCAUAAAAGACAUAAGAGGCAAUUGAUGCUUCUGCUUGUAUCUGCAACCAUAUUAUAAACAAGGCGGUGGUUUGGCUUUUCUAGUAAGUUGACCAGAUGGGAAUAUGAGAAAGAAACUCACUGUGCCACCACUCAUCUCAACUUGGUAGGUAGGUAGGGCUCGUGUGUGGUUGAGAAAGAAACUUUACUUGCAACAGGAGUGAGAAAGAUGGCCACUAGAGAAUAGAGAGAGAAAGAGAGAGACUCAACUUGUUAAAAAAAAAAAAAAAACUUGAUUUUUAGGGAUAGGCUAGUUUGUUGGUCGUGGAACCAAGUUGUUCAAACCCAUGGAUGGUUACGAGGCUACUAGAAUUGUGUUCUCAAGGAUCCAAAACUUGGACCCUGAAAACGCUUCCAAAAUCAUGGGUAUGCUUCUGCUUCAAGACCAUGGUGAGAAGGAAAUGAUAAGGCUUGCAUUUGGUCCAGAAGCACUUGUUCACUCUGUGAUUGUGAAAGCUCGCAAGGAGUUGGGUUUACCCUCGAACUCUCCGCCAACACCCUCCACUCCUCCUUCUCCUUCACCCUUUCUCUUCAGGCAAAACUCAACUUCUUCUUCAAGGCUCAGUGCUAUAAACCUCCCUCCUGCACUCACUAUCCCAAACCCUUCUUCAUCUUCUUCUGCUUCUUGGCCUACUGUGACUGAGCUUCAAACCCCUGAUGAUUUGAUGAGCCCCAACCACAUGGUUGUUGGCUCCUCCACUUCUUCAUCUUCCUUACCUUUCUAUGCUAACGGAGGCUCAGAUCCAAUUGAUGACUUUCAACUCCAAGACCAGCUUUCUUUCUUGAAUGAUGGUUCUCCCACUAGUGCUGCUCUUGGCCACAAGAACAACCCUGAUUUGUUUUACCCUCCUCACUCAGACUUGUCUUCAAGCCCUACUUCUGCUGCUGACCCUUCUCUCUUCCCUUCCUAUGGCUGGGGAGGGUCUCUCCACCGCAGGAGUUGUUCAGUCAAUGAUGCUUGUUUGGGCUCUGAGGACCCUAAUUCCGGGUUGGGGUGGAAGCCAUGCCUUUACUUUGCAAGAGGGUACUGUAAGAAUGGGACUAGUUGCAGGUUCCUUCAUGGUGGACUUGGAGAUGGUGAUGGUUCUGCAAUGGUUGGAUCUCCUAGCAAGAUUGAGAUGAUGGAGCAGUGCCAUGAGCUUCUCAGAUCCAAAUCUGCUCAGCAGCAAAGACUGGCUGCUGCUUCCCAGCUCAUGGCCAAUUCCUCUUUUCCAUACUCACCAAAGUGCAUGAAUCUACUGUUGCAGCAGCAACAGAAUGAUACUCAAAGAGCGGCAGCUGCAGCUCUGAUGAUGAGUGAGGAUUUGCAUAAAUUUGGACGAUCCAGGCUUGAAAGGAAUGAUUUUUCUUUGAACAGUCCUGGGAUGGUGAACCCAGCUUCCAGGCAGAUCUACUUGACUUUCCCAGCUGAUAGCACUUUCAGAGAGGAAGAUGUUUCAAAUUACUUUAGCAUUUAUGGCCCAGUCCAAGACGUGAGGAUCCCAUACCAGCAGAAGAGGAUGUUUGGCUUUGUCACCUUUGUUUAUCCGGAGACUGUGAAGCUCAUUCUUUCCAAAGGAAACCCUCAUUUUGUGUGUGAUGCUCGAGUGCUUGUUAAGCCUUACAAGGAGAAGGGAAAAGUUCCUGACAAGUACAGGAAGCAGCAGCAGCAGGUGGAUAGAGGAGAUUUUUCACCUUGUGGUACUCCUACUGGACUAGAUGCUAGAGACCAGUAUGAUCUUCAACUUGGAGGCAGAAUGUUCUACAACACUCAAGACAUGCUGUGGAGGAGGAAGCUGGAGGAGCAAGCUGAUUUGCAGCAAGCUCUUGAGCUUCAAAGUAGGCGGUUGAUGGGCUUGCAACUUCUUGACAUCAAGAAGCAUCACCAACGUGCACUCUCCACUGGAAGUCCAGUUCCUUCCCCUACUCACUCUCCCAACAUGUUCAAUCAAAAUCUUGUUCUUCCUUCCUUUCACAUCAGUUCGGAGGCUCCAGAGGAGAAUGGUUCAAGUUCUGCUGCAGCUAGUACUGCACCGGUUUCUGCUGGUCAGCAGCAGGCGGUCAACGUUUUGGUUGGCAAGGAAGUGGUGGUCAAUGGUGAGAAUGGAUACAGUGAAGGCAAUGGCAAGCAGAGCUCUAGCCAUGAGGAUCGUGAUUUGCAAGAAUGUUUGGAGCAUAAUCUUCCUGAUAGCCCUUUUGCUUCCCCAACAAAAGCUGCUGGAGACUUGAUGGCCCCCUUCUCCAAUGGACCUAAUGAGGCCAUUGAUGCAGAUGCCUCAGCUGCAUCUGCCAACUCUAAAUUUGGCACUAGCACAUUGCUUCCAGCAGCAUCUGCUCUUGACAUGGGGACUUUCAAAUCCUAUAACUGCCAAAUACCAAGGUUCUCUUCUGCCCAUGGAACUAUUGGGAUGUUCGCCGGCACUGGUGGACCGAUUGGCAUUUAGUUUCCUGAGGUUCAGGAAGUGAAAGAUGACUAAACAAUCGAGGACAAAUCUGUAGAGAAUCACCACCACCACCACCACCACCACCAUGACGGGCAUCACCAUCAAUCAUGAAUACUAUACUACUUACUACCAUACAAAAUGCAUACGUAAAAAGCAGUUCAGUAAAGGAAGUGGGGCAGGAAUUCCCUUUCUUUUGUUAGCAUUAUUGUUGUACCAUUUUCUUUCUUUCUUUAUUUCUUUCUUCUCAUAUCUGUAGUAGCCGAAUGAAUGAACCACAGGUUAAAAUAACACACAAAGAAUCACCAGAGUGAAUGUGUAGUAGGAACUCCCUGGCACUGUAAUUUGUUGGAUGCGCUAGUAGUGUAGAUUUGUUAGUCCUAUGUUGUUACUUACAGGUAUGUAUACAGCUGGAGCAGCAGCAUGCAUAGAUGAAGUGGUAAAACAACCGUUGUAUAACUACAAGGCUGAUUCAAAUCCCCCCAUGAUGGGUAACUUGAGUUUGGAGGCCAGAAGUGAGGAGGGGAGUGUAUAAGUAUAAUUGUUAAUCAAUCUUAUUAGCUGUGGGUUAAAGAGGAGAUUUUUACCUUGUUGGAUAUGUUAUGUUAUGUUUGUACUUCUACUUCUACUUUAGUUGUUAUACAGAGUUAUCAACCCCUUUAUAUUACCCAGACAGAAAAGAGAAAGGAAUUAGAAAGAAGAAUCAAAAGUGAGUUUUUAGACUAA